GCAUGCGCAGAGUGAGCGCUCGCCUCCCUCCCAGAAAAGCCUGGUUCGCGUAAACAACAGCAGACAGCUGCCGCCGCGGAGCUUUACCGCAGUUUUACCGGCUCUCGGAUCGAGCUGCUGGUCGCCGUCGGGUCCUGUGACAGUGAGCUACCUGUCAGAGCAGCUGUGCUCACCUGCAGCUGUUAGCUGCUGACGUCAGCCCGGUGGCGUCAUUUCUCUGAUUAAGUGUCGUGUUUGAGGCUGUUGUGUCGUAAAUCCGCCGGGAGCAGAGUUUGGAGCAGCUGAAGACACACCACAGAGACGAUGGCAGAGCAGAACUUGGAGGCCAAGCUGAAGAACCUCCUGAAGCAGGAGAAGAUCCAGCUGUGGAACCCGCCGUACACCGAGCAGGGCCAGCAGCAGGGCCAGCAGCAGGGCCAGCAGCAGGGCCAGCAGCACAUGCAGGAGCUGGCGGAGCGCUACGCCCCCCUGCUGCGCCUGCCCAUGUCGGAGGUAGGGGGCGCUCUGGAGUCGAUCCGAGCUCAGGCGGUGAAGCGAGGCAGAGGAAACCAAACGUUCAGGGAGACGAGCGUGGCGACGCUGGAGCUGCUGCUGCCGCGAGACGCCAAGAAGGAUCCAAAGGUCAGGACGUACCUGGAGACGAGGCUGGACGUGUCGGCGCAGCAGGUGGUGGACAGGGUCGCUGAGGAGCACGGCCUCAGGAGCAUCAAGCUGAUCCUGAGUGGGAGGACUCUGUCUGCAGAGCGGCGUCUGGACGAGCAGGGCGUGAAGAACCACAGCAAGGUGAUGGUGCUGAGGGUGAGCGACGGCGAGCUGAAGCAGCAGCUGACGGAGGAGGAGGAGGAGAGGAGGAGCCAGGAGGAGAGCGUCCAGAGGACCCAGAAAGGCUUCCAGAUCCUGUCAGAGAGAGACGGCAGCGAGGACCCAGACACCACACCGUUCCUGGAGAUCGCCGACCAGAAAGGAAACCCUCUGAAGAUUCCCCCCACGGAGAAGAAGGCUCUGAUCCUGGCCAUGGGCUUCCAUGAGAAAGGUCGCGCUCUGAUGAAGAGGAAGCAGCACGAUAACGCUCUGUGUCACCUGCUGCAGGCCGACCAGCAGUUCAGGAAGUGCGGCUCGGCGCUGCUCAGCUCCGUGGAUAACUACGCCGUGCUGCAGCUGGACAUCGUGUGGUGUUACCGCGCUCUGGAGGCGCUGUCCUGCCUGGAGGAUGGGCGGAGCCGCCUGCAGAGAGCCGAGGACUGUUUCCUGCGUUGCUACGGAGAACAGCAGGAGAGACUGCUGAUGAUCAAGGGUAACACGGGCAGAGAGGAGGUGCUGUUCCUGCGUCUGUACCUCCUGCAGAGCCUCCUCUCCUACAUCGAAGGAAGCGACUCUGAGGCGCGGCUGCAGCUCUCCAGGGUGGAGUCUCUGUACGCGCGCCUGCGUCCCGACUCGGAGAAGAUGGCUCAGCUGAUGGAGCUGGGCUUCAGCGAGAGAGAAGCUCGGCUCGGCCUCAGAGCCUCCCGGGGCGACCUGCAGGAGGCCGCCAUCCACAUCAGCACCCGCCGACAGGAGCGGGAGGAGCUGAAGCAGAGGGAGAGACAGAAGAGGAGGACGAGGAUGGAGGCCAUCUCCGCCCUGAUGGAGCUGGGGUUCUCCCAGAGAGACGCCGCCCGCGCCCUGCACCACGCCGACGGGAACGUAGACAGAGCUUACGCUAUCCUGCUGGACUCGAGCCAGGAUGCCCAGGCGACCAAUAACAACACAGAGGGCGGAGCUAGCCCAGAGAUGGUGGAGCAGCUGUUGUAUUUGGGAUUCGAGCGGGAUUCGGCUGAAGCGGCGCUCAGACUGACAGGUGGAGACGUCCAAUCAGCGACACAGCUGCUGUUGGACAACCAGGGCGUCCUCUCCCCGGAGCUGCUGACCCCGCCCUCCACAUCCUCCUCCUCCUCUACACCAUCCUCAGAGGAGCCCAGCUCCGCCUCCAGCUCGCCAGGUAACAGAACCGCCCUUCGUUUAUCCAGCAUAAACAAAACAAAGUUACAGAACAGGAAGUUCUGCUUGUGUGACCCUCCAGAGGACAGCGAGCUGGUGAGCGAGGUGCUCGAGGACAUCGCCCCCCACGAGGAGGACUACCUGGACCUCACGCUGGAGGAGGAGAGCGAGCUCAUCUCUGCCAUGAAGGCGUACCUGCACCGUGAGCCCGCCCACACCUAGUGACACGCUCGGGCCGGGUCGAGUGUUGUCGCUGUGUAGAACAAACACGCACACACACAGAUCGUCCUGCAGUCGGGGAGUUCAGAGCGGCGUGCCAAUGUGGAGACAGUGACGAUCAUCUGUUCAGCAAUAAUUCAGAGUCCUGCCGCUCAAACCGCACAGGUGUAUCAGUUUAAUCAGUGACAUCAUCAAUGACAUCAUUGUUGGUGAUGUUGGAUCAAAGCGGAGUCUCAGUUUGUGUCUGAGCGGUUUCCUGUUGAUUCUUUGGUUGUGAUGGAGCCAAUAAAGACGACACAAAGUG